AAUCGAUAACAAUUCACUUCAACUUCGACUUAAAAAUGUUGAAUACCAGCUUAGUAAUCUAAUGAGAGCACAAAGAAAAGGAGCGGACCUGCAGUCAACAAAACAAGAUAAUAUAAGACUUGAUGGCACCAUUCCUCAAUCUCUGGCAACAAAUAUUCUUGCUCCAAGACUAAUUCCAUUCCCAAGCUUCAAAACAUCACAUUUUGAGGAAAUGAAACAAGACUUGAACCAAAAUUCAGACAUUAGUGAAAACGGACAGCUACUCAACGAAAACCUGGAAUUUACUUUAGAGAUUUCAUACCUUAAAGCAAGGCUCAAGAGRUCAGAAACAGCAAGAGCAGUUGCAGAAAGGAAAAUCGACAAUCUUGAAGAGAAGUUAAAGCAAGCUGAGAAAUUACUGGUGCAACCUUUGGCAGCGCAAGAUACGUUAUCAGAACAAACGAAUUCGAAGCUGUCGCGUGCAGCAUGUCCUUCAUAUGUUGAUUCUUCUGUCCAGCAAAUAUUUCCUGGUAAAGCUGAYCAUAGUGACAUGAUGUCCUACAACGUUAUGAUGUGUCUAGACAGGAUCUUAAAGGCUGUGCUAUUGCUUGACGAGAAGAUAACAUGUUAUCAGAAGUCUUGAUUUAAAACGCUCAAUGGCUGCAUGUUCUUCCGUUCCUUCUAUGGAUGGGUCAUGUAGACAAUGAUGUAGACAUCCAAAAUACUCAUGAUUCCGAUGCGCACGCCCAAUGUUUGAUCACAGGAUAGAUAUACGGAUUCUAAUUUGUAAUUAAACGUAUGAAUUGAAAUAAACUUAUGA